AUGUCGUCUGACAAUGGAACAAUUACGGACGAUGAGAAAGCUUUCUAUGAUCGACAGAUUCGCUUAUGGGGAUUAGAAGCUCAAAAUAGGUUGCGAAGUUCUUCGGUAUUAAUUGCUGGCUUAUCUGGCUGUGGAAGCGAAGUUGCGAAGAAUUUGAUGUUGGCUGGACUAAAGUCAUUAACUCUUUUGGAUCACAAGACGGUAUCUCCAUACGAUCACUGCAGUCAGCUCUUACUGUCGUGUGACAGUGUAGGUAAAAAUCGUGCUGAAGCAUCGUUGCAUAAAUGUAAAGUAUUAAAUCCCAAUGUGCAUUUACGCGUGGAUACUGAUGAUAUAACCAAUAAAGAUGAAGAUUUUUUCGCUGGUUUUGAUUUAGUAAUUUUGGUGGAUCAAAAGUAUUCUGUGGUCAGUGAUAUAAAUAAAAUCUGCAGAAAAAUUGGAAAACCAUUUAUUGCUGGAGGUGUUUUUGGUUGGAUUGGAUAUGCGUUCUUUGAUUUUACAGAUUGCCCAUUUUUAAUAACAAUACCAAAAGUAAGUCUGGGUGGUGUAUUGGAAGAUGAAGUAUUAGAUAAAAAGCGUCCUAGACUUGAUGUUGGUAUAAAAAAUGGAAUGGUCAGUGAUCAUAAUGCGGCACCAUUGGAUGUUGUACUGGAUGACGACGAGAAAGUAGAGAAGAAAUUCACAUAUCCAUUGUGGCAUGAUGCCUGGAAUGUUGAUUGGUCACAUAAAAAAUUUAUUCGCAAAAAACGACGAUAUUUGCCGAGAUCUUAUUUUCCCAUUAGAGUUUUGCUUCGGCUGUAUGAUGUUGAUGAUAAUAUUAACCAGGACAAAUUUAUGGAGUCAUGGAAAAAGGAAUUGGUAGAGUGCAAUCAGGAUUUAAAUGAUGAAUUUUUCGAUAUUAAAUUUUUCUCGCGGUUUAUUUCACCUCAACUUAGUCCUGCAGCUGCUAUAGUUGGAGCGCUUAUGGCACAAGAAGCAAUAAAGGUACUUUCACAAAAGGACGAACCACUUAAAAAUGUUUUUUUAUAUUCAGCGAUCGAUUCUUCUGGUGUCGUAUGUCACUUACCACCAUAA